CAGAAGUUGAAGGAGACAAUGUAAUAAUUGGAAAAUUUUUUAGGGAAACGUUUGUCGACACGGAGUCCGAGAGACGAUAUGUUGCGAGAGAGAAAGAAAGAGAAAGGGAUUAAUCUAGAAACUUAAGAAGAAUAGAUUUAAUUUAUGAAUAAAUUAAAAAUUACUGGAGAAGAGUUUUCUUCUCAAGUAUCCAAUUGAGAAAAAAAGUUAAUUUUUCGCGGAUUGUUCCUAAAUAAUCAUAGACUCAGAAGUUGGAAGUUUUAAAAAACUUUUCAGGUGAGCGAGUUUUGAAAAAACCCUGAGAAAAAAGUUAUGCAUACACAAGUUGUUGUGCAUAUAAGUUUGUUAGAACAACGUAUACUUGUUUCACGUGGAAUAAAACCGCCCGACCGUCGAGAGAGAGAGAGAAAGAGAGAGACACCCGCGAGCAAGGCGACCCGGCUCGUAAAUCGUUGCAAUUCAUAAGCAUUAAAAUGGGGUAAAGCACAAAGAGGAAGAGAAGCGUUGCGCCUCCUAAACGACCAAAGUCAGGGCAAACAACCUGGGAGCGUCCUUUGCGCGAACGGGUUAACAAUUUUAACUCAGACCCCGCCGGUCCAACGUUUCGCUGACACGUAUCUUCAUUGUUUAAAUAUUCGCAUCUCGCGGCUGUAAUAAAUUACUGUGGCAAGAAAGCAAAGUUCGAUAACACAAUUGUCCGUGCGUUCUCUGACCGACGUCAUCAAUUAGGCGGCUAUGAUUGCCGUGUCUCUCUGUGCGUCAAGAAUUAAUCGAGGAAGUGACAAGCCGCUCUAAACAUCGUUGUUGCCCGAGGCAAUUCGAGCUCGUAUUUUGGGUCCGUCGGUUGGUCCGAAAGCUAAUAUGUACACACGCAAUAAAUCGCUUGAUAAUUACGUAUGAUUGUUCCGGACACGGCUAUACUGUCGAGAGUUUGAUGAUCGAUAGUCGAGGCUAUGUCAUUGAACCUCUCCAUCCCAGCAUCCUGUAUGCGCAAACAAAGAGAGCUCGGAGAUAAGGCCAUCGACAAUCAUGGUCGCCCUUUCGAGCAUUUCCCGCGUCCUUCUCGGAGAAACAAAACGAUGAUCGACUACUCCGUCGAGGCUACGUUUCGCACGAGGGUACGAAAUACGUCGGCGGUGAAGGGCCCGCGUUGAGGCCACGAACGAUCAGGCAGUCCUUGGCAGUGCUCCUCCAACAAGUGGCCGGCGUGCAACAAAAAAGAAAAAAAAAGAGGACCGGGCAAUCGCGCGGUACAAGCGACGCGACGUGAGGAAGGCAACAGGAACCUGUGGCCCGGGCCGGGUGGCCCGUGAGAGGUGGGAGAGGUCAGCCCCGAGGAAUAUAAGGGGUCCUAGACGCCGUGUUCAGGCACCACUCGCUCUUCAGUGCUCCGCCGAAGUACGAAGCAACGUAUCCAGCCACCAUGUACAAGAUCGUUUUCCUCGCCGUGCUGGCUUGCGUCGCGGCCGCGCCCGCACCCGGCUACCUGGCGGCGCCCGCACUCCACGCGGCGCCGAUCGUCGCGGCACCCGCGGUCGCGGUCGCCCACACCGUCCCGGUCGCCACCAGCUACGCCAACACCUACAAGGUGUCUGUGAAGAGCCCGCUCGUGGCCGCCGCACCGGUCGCCUACACCGCGCCGAUCCUGAAGACCGCGCCGUACGUCGCCGCCGCUCCCGUCGUCGCUCACGCACCGGUGGCCUAUGCCGCCCAUGCCCCCGUGGCCUAUGCCGCCCAUGCCCCCAUCGUCGCUCUUCACUAAGGACUCAUUAACCACUCAUUAACCACGGUUUCCGCCAGCCUGAGACAAUCGACACGCCGACAGCGAAGAUGUCCUCUGUCAACCAUCCGGACGCGAUGACGAUCCAUCGGAACGACCGGCCGAAUCGACCGAACCAUCGAUCAACCAGGCACCUUGACUCAACCUGUAUCAGCGUGUCUACACGGUCGAAACGACCGAUCGGCUGCGAUUGAUCAAUAAAGUUGCCAUUUCUGCCUUUAAAUAAAUGCGUUAUGUAUUCAGUCUUUAUUUAAUACCUUCGACUUACGAGGAUGUACUCGGUGCCUGCUAUUGUCGGAGCUCGCGUCUUUAUAUUUUAAACAUUGUCUCGUAAUCUUCGAGUCUAUUUUUACUCCUCGUACGUAUUAGAGCCACGAAGUAGCUCGCCUAACAUGUUAUUGUCGACCUGAGCGAAUUCGGUUAUCGAAUUCUACCUCAUUGGGUGGCCGCGUUGCUGUAGAGCUAAUUCCUCCGUAUCACGUACCACCCAGAGCUUAUCGAGGAUCGCAGAUUUUUCCUCGCACAUACCCGGAGAACCCGAGCUUCCCCCUCGCACGAGGGCGAUCGGCAAACAACGGAGCGUCGUGAUCACGGAGUGAUUUCGUCCUUAUAAUUUUUUUUCUACUUUAGCACAUAACGCCACGCCCGCAUGGAGUACGUCCACCUACCUAUCCGUUUACGUGAGGAUUUUCGCAAAAUAGGAUUUGGAACGACUCGAUGAAAACUGUUUACCGACUUGGCGAUCAACGGUUGUUUGAGUUUCGGCUUUGGGCUCCCGUCCCCCGUCUAGGCGUUCGCGAGGCGAAACUUUGCCGCGCGCCGUCGGGUCACGUAUUGAAUAUAUUUACAGGGAACAUACAAACCCGCCCAUGCACUUUUCACGAACCUAACUUGUUAAAUUCUUUAUGGGAGCUUUAAAAAAGUCCCCGUGAGACGGAGAGGGGAGUUUGGCGAAUUAUUCAAUAUCGCACCUACGGUUUCGCGCAGGAGAACUGUAGAUAGCGUCUGCACGGAUGCUACUGUGUACGUAUCGAACGUGUCGAAUCCGGGAAAAAACUCGAACGUUUCACGUUAGAAAAUAAAUUGUGCUAAUUGUAAGAUAUAAUCUUGUCUUGAGAAUAUCUUCACGAAUGUGAGGAGUCUGGAGAGACAGACAUUUAGAAACUACUCUACAAAGGCUUAUUUUGUCCUAAUAGAAUCGCUAGUUGUUCCCUUUUUAAUAAUCCGCCGAUUACUCGAGCACGGUUGAUUGAUCUUACUUUAAUUACUUUCAUUCUUCAAUUGUGACACUGUCUCUUGUCGAAAUCGCCGUCCUUAAUGUCGUACAUCCAGCAGAAAUUGAUAAAUGAGAUCAUUAAGAUCAAGCGCGUUUUCGGCCGUAAUUUCACGCUCGAGCGCUUUUUGUUGCGUCCCUCCGAGGAGCACCACUUCUCCUGGUUUCUAUGGCGUAAUGUGCUUAUUGUUAGCAGGAGGCGAGGAGUAAAAGUAAAGUCUCAAGAUCGCGAAGCCUCUUUGUUCGAUCGUCA